CCCUUCAGAGACGCGCCACCUGACCUGCAGCCUUCCCCUGCUUCGGUGGGACGUCCGGGGUUUGGAGGGUGGGGAGGGCCGAGGCCUCCUGCGAAGUCGUCUCUGCAGCGUCACCUUAGUGAGCAGCCAGCUUCUCUGGAUGAUCGUGAGAGAGACCAGGAGCACACACUUUACUCCCAGCCGCCGGGGACCCAGGAAGCGGGCUCAUUAUGUUAAAGUCUUACUGAGUACCAUCCAGGCCCCGUCAUUAUUUCAGCAAGCACAUGUUUAGAUGUCCUGGGUGCCAGGCCCUACCCUAUACCCCAGAGCCCCCAGGGGAAUCAGGGAGAUGGUAAGAAAUCUGUCAACACAUCACUGAACGGGAGAACUCCCAUCUUGGAAACUGCUGUGGAGACAACGGGGCACAGACGGGAUCGGCCGGAAUCAGGGGAGCACAGGAAGCGUCAAGGGGAGAACCACCUGCAGAGGAACUGGCUGUUUCUGGAAGAGGCCAGAGAAGGAGGGAAUGACCGCUGGGCUCAUCGCUGCUGGGGCCCCAGAGCAAGUGACCUUUGAGGACGUGGUCGUGGACUUCACCCGGGAGGAGUGGGGGCAGCUGGAGCCUGCUCAGAGGAACCUGUACCGCGAUGUGAUGCUGGAGACCUUCAGGCUCCUGGUCUCCGUGGACUUGGAAACUCAACCCAAAAUCAGACUGUCCUCUCCAAAGCAGGACAUCACUGAAGAAAGAGGCAGCAGUGGCCUGGUGGAAAGGUUCCUGUGGGAAGGUCUGUGGUACGCCGAGGGUGACGAUGCCGAGGGCCACUGGGGACAGAGUCACGAGAGCCGAGACAGCCACAUGGUGAAGGCAGCCUUCACGCCUGUGAGGAUCCCCAUGCAGCAGCAGCAGCUGGGGAAUGGGUUCAGGGAAAACUUGAUUCUGAGCCCCCGUCUCCCACCUCAGGCGAUGACUCCUGAAAGGCAAGGCCUCCACACGCCGGGGACACGCGCGAAGAGGGGGAAGCCAGACCCGGGGUUCAAUGCUCAACCGAAAACAUAUGCAAAGGAGAAGCCCUACAAGUGCCAGGCCUGUGGAAAGGCGUUUAGUCACAGCUCAGCUCUCAUCGAGCACCACCGAACGCACACGGGAGAGAGGCCCUACGAGUGUCACGAGUGCGGAAAGGGCUUCCGCAACAGCUCGGCGCUUACCAAGCACCAGAGAAUCCACACGGGCGAGAAGCCUUACAAGUGCACUCAGUGUGGGAAGACCUUCAAUCAGAUCGCCCCGCUGAUCCAGCACCAGAGGACGCACACCGGGGAGAAGCCGUACGAGUGUGGCGAGUGCGGCAAGGCCUUCAGCUUCAGGUCCUCCUUCAGCCAGCACGAGCGCACGCACACGGGCGAGAAGCCGUACGAGUGCAGCCAGUGUGGCAAGGCCUUCCGCCAGAGCAUCCACCUCACACAGCACCUGCGCAUCCACACGGGCGAGAAGCCCUAUGCGUGCGGCGACUGCGGCAAGGCCUUCAGCCACAGCUCGUCGCUCACCAAGCACCAGCGCAUCCACACAGGCGAGAAGCCGUACGAGUGCCGCGCGUGCGGCAAGGCCUUCACACAGAUCACGCCGCUGAUCCAGCACCAGCGCACGCACACAGGUGAGAAGCCAUACGAGUGCGACGAGUGCGGCAAGGCCUUCAGCCAGAGCACACUCCUCACCGAGCACCGGCGCAUCCACACGGGCGAGAAGCCGUAUGGGUGCAACGAGUGCGGCAAGACCUUCAGCCACAGCUCGUCGCUCAGCCAGCACGAGCGCACGCACACGGGUGAGAAGCCGUACGAGUGUGGCCAGUGCGGCAAGGCCUUCCGCCAGAGCACGCACCUCACACAGCACCAGCGUAUCCACACGGGUGAGAAGCCGUACGCGUGCGGCGAUUGCGGCAAGGCCUUCAGCCACAGCUCGUCGCUCACCAAGCACCAGCGCAUCCACACAGGUGAGAAGCCGUACGAGUGCCGCGCGUGCGGCCGCGCCUUCAGCCAGCUCGCGCCGCUUGUGCAGCACCAGCGCGUGCACACGGGCGAGAAGCCGUACGAGUGCAGCGCGUGCAGCCGCGCCUUCAGCCAGAGCUCGCUGCUCAUCGAGCACCAGCGCAUCCACACCAAGGAGAAGCCGUACGGGUGCAACGAGUGCGGCAAGUCCUUCAGCCACAGCUCGUCGCUCAGCCAGCACGAGCGCACGCACACGGGCGAGAAGCCGUACGAGUGCCCGCACUGCGGGAAGUCCUUCAGGCAGAGCACACACCUCACGCAGCACCGGCGGAUCCACACGGGCGAGAAGCCCUACGCGUGCGGGGGCUGCGGCAAGGCCUUCACGCACAGCUCGUCACUCACCAAGCACCAGAGGACUCACACCGCGUAGGCUCACCUCACACUUGCCAGGACGCCGCAGAGCCCAAGGCCCCAGCUCGUCUCUUCCGGACCUGACCCGGCCGUCCUCGACGG